AUGCUAUUCAAUUUUAUAUUUUUCGCCGUAUUAGUUAGCUCAACUACUGCUCAAAAUUUAUACAAGUAUAUUAGUUUUUCGAAUCCAUUAUCUGAAAGUGAUGCGGAAGCUGUUUGCCAACAACAAUGUGGACAUCUUGCAUCAAUUCAUUCCUACAAUGAGAACUCAAAUGUUGCAGAUUUCAGUUUUCCGAGCAGUUACAACUAUUUCCGAAUUGGUUUGAAAUAUCAAAACAAUACAAAUGUGUGGACUGAUGGCACAGAUUUCGAUUAUUCAAAUAUCGGUUAUCAAAAUUCAAAUUUCGGAAACUGCUACAGUUUCUCAAUCAAAAGUGACGUUGUCGCAGCGGGAAAAUGGAUCAGCAGCAGAUGUGACACUCCCCUCCCAUUUGUAUGCAAAGUUCCCAUCGGAGCAUGUGUAACAACUCCAACCCCAACAAUCACUCCAAGUCAAUGUUCAGGCCCACAAUUUGCCGAAAACGACGCCUAUUUUUUCUCUCCAAAUUACCCAAUAACAUAUGCUGGUGACAGUCAGGAUUGCACAUAUAUUUUCAGCACUCCAAAAAAUACAAUCGCAUCGAUUUCAUUCAAUGAAUUUCAGCUUGAUGAUUAUUCAACUAUUGAACUUUUUAAUGAAAUUGAGGAUCCAAGCCCAGUCAGAACUUUUGAUAGCAGCAACACUGCUAAUGGUUUAUACAACUCCACUUCAAAUACAAUGAAAAUAGUUUUCCGCUCAUUUUUAGUUCCGGAUAAGAAAACAUAUCGAUGGGUUGCUCAUUUACAAACCACCAAUUAUUCGCCAAAUGUUUCAACUACAGCUGUUCCAACUACAACUAAAUUGCUUUCAUCAACCACAACUGCAAUGGUCAGCGCAUGUGGUCCAAGUAGAUAUUUCGUUCCGAACACCGAUAUUUUCUAUCCAUAUAUGAAUGGGAUCCAUCCAGUAAAUCAAUUCUGUACAUACAGUGUUUCAACAUCUUUUGGGAAUAGGUGAGGGAAUUUUGUAUUAGCAGCCUCGAGAUUGACCAAAAUUCUGAUCUCAUCUCAAGUUCUUUCAGAAUCGCUCUCAAUGUUUCCUAUAUAUUUAUGGAGCAAGAUAGCCAUUUGAUUGUUUAUGAUGGAGCAUCAACAACAGCAAGCGAGAUUUUAUUUUUGAAAGGUCCUGGAACAUUCCAAAAUGUUCCCGAAGUCAGAAGUUCGUCAAGCCAUAUGUUAUUGUUUUUCAACACUUAUUCGGUUUAUGAUAAUUUUUCUUCGCGUGUCACAUCGAUUUGA